CUGAAGGAUGUGUUUUUACAGGUGGGAGGCAUCAAAGAGAAAGUCCUUGGAGCUCAUCGGUCUGGCCUUCGACGAGUCAUACUACCGACGGCUAACCGCAACGAUGUAGACCACAUUGAGAAGUCAAUUAAGGAUGAAAUGGAUAUCCAGUUCACUUCCGACAUAGACGAUCUACUGCAGAAGAUCAUGGAAAAAGAGACCGUUUCGAAUAUUCUAUCAAAGCUGUGA